AUGGCUCUGCAGGCUGCUGCUUUCCAAGUGAGCCCCGCCAUCGAACUCCAACCGAUAUCCGCACCACGACCCGUUGGCGCUGCAAAGACAUUUCAUCCUGACGAUGUCACACCCGCAGCUUCUGGCCUGUUAGCGAACGAAUCUACCCAACCGCCCUCGCGAGAUCCCGCGCCUCCAGGCCCUGUGCCGGACACCACCAAGCUCCAAAUCUCCAAGGCGAAAGGCAUCACCGUAAUCGUCACACUCGCCGGCAUGAGCUUCCUCAACACAAUGGGGUCCGGCAUCCUGACAGCGGCCCUGCCUCGUAUCUCUCGUGACGUGGGCCUCUCGGAGGCGCUGAUCCUGUGGCCGGCAGCCGUCUACGCCCUCGCCGCCGGUUGCCUGCUGCUCAUUUUCGGGGCCAUCGCCGACGUGGUGGGGCCGAAGCAGAUGUGGGUGACGGGCAGCUUCUUGUUCAUCGUCUUCACCGUCGCCGUCGGCCUCGCGCAGACGGGACUGCAGCUUAUCCUGUUCCGGACCAUGCUGGGCGUCGCCAUCUCCAUCUGCCUGCCGACGGCGCCGCUGGGCUACGCGCUGGGCCUCGUGCUGGGCGGCAUCUUCACGGACACGAUCGGCUGGCGCUGGGCCUACCACAUGAUGGCCGGCAUCAACCUCUGCCUGUCGCUAGCCUCGAUCUGGUCGCUGCCGUCGGUUCGUCAGGCGUCGGAGAAGAGGUGGACGCGACGCCUCGUCAAGGAUCUUGAUUGGGUGGGCGCUCUCAUCAUGAGCGUCGCCCUCGGGGGGCUCCUCCUCUACGUCCUGGCCAUGACGUCUUCCUCCUACAGGAUGCUCAGCGAUGCGCCCAAUAUUGCGCUGCUUUCCAUAUCCGUCUUUCUGCUGGCGAGCUUCCCGGCUUGGAUGGCGUUUCAGACGCGGAAUGGCGGGCCGGCACUGCUUCCCAACCGGCUUUGGCGAAACGCGGCCUUUACCUCGGUUUGCCUGUCAGUGUUUUUCUGCUGGGCGGCCCUCAACGGGGUCCAGUAUUUCACGACCCUCUACUUCCAAGAGGUACAAGGGACGUCCGCCAUGACAAGCUCGUUGCAGUUCCUACCGCACGUCGUCGCGGGCGUGCUCACCAACAUCGCCACGGCGUACCUCAUCUCGCGGGUCAAGGUGCAGACGCUAGCCGUCGUGUCAGGCAUCAUCACCGUUGCGGCGCCGGUCCUCAUGGCGACGGUGCCCAUUGAUUCAUACUACUGGCACGCGCCUUUCUGGGCCCUGGUGCUUUCCCCGAUCAACCCUGAUGUCUUUUUCACCGUGUCGAACCUCGUCAUCUCGGAUGCCUUCCCGGCAGAUCUUCAGUCGCUGGCGGGGGGCGUUUUCAACGAGGUCGCCCAGUUUGGCAAUUCAGUCGGCCUCGCGGCUACGGCGGCCAUUGCAGCAUCAGUAUCUGAGCACUCGGGGAUCGAGAACCGAGAAGAACGGCUAAUGGCAGGAUAUCGUGCGGCGUUCUGGACCAUGUUCGCGGGCACGGUUGCCGUUGUGAUCAUUGUCAAAUUGGGGCUGAGAAAGGGGGGCACUGUCGGCAAGAAGGACGUGUAA